CGCCAAGAUGGCGACUUGCCUCAGAUGAAUGAGCGUGAGACAAAAACAAGUGCUUGUAAACAUAAAAGGAUAAAAUUGUUCUUCUGAGCCACUGUUGGUUGUCCGCGUGGCUGCUGAGAAAAUAAUGGUCGGAAAGGGUUUCUCUGUACCUGUCGUUUUUGGUGAGUCAUGUCAGACCCGCGGACUCGAGCUGCAGCUGGAGAGUUUAGUGAGCUGUGGAGCAGCGUGUCGAAACAUUACAAACCCCCGGGGACGGCCGUGUCGCCCUGCCGCACCGAUCUGCAGAGUCCCAGAAGCCGAGGUGACAGUAGAUGCUUUGGCUUCAUUAAUGGAGAUUCUCCAGGAGACACGGAAGUUUCACAAGAUAUUUUCUGGGAUUCAACAUCUCCAACUGGAUUGGGAAAGAGGAACACUAGAGUGGUGGAAAUAUCAGAGAUCGUCAACCGGAUUGCUCCAAAAAAUAUAACACCUAAAGAGAAAGAAUCCUCUCUGCUGCAGUGGAUUGACGAUGGCAUCAUACCCUACACGCCUGAGAUUCAAAAGUCCAGAGUGAGGAAAAGGUCCUCUCGACAAAGCAGCGUGGAGGACCUCAUGAAACUGGCCAGGCAGUUUGACAAGAACAUGCAGCAGGAUGAGGAGGCUUCACAACACCUCAACAUCGUCAACAAUAACCUUUGUGAACCUGUGAAGACUUCUGAAGCCAAACUGACCGAUGCAGCGUUCUCCAGUGACGGGAAAGGACUAGACUGCCCAUCGCCGUCUGAACAGGUGGAGGCCGAGCUGAAUGCUCUGUUUGACUGCUCCACUCAGGGAGUCAGCGGCAGGUUAAGCGAGGGCUCUGUUUUCUCUCAGGAAAUAAAGGACCGAACGGGGAAUUCAGCUUCAGCUGAAAACCAGAUUAAAGAGCUCAACACCUGCAGUAACACUACAAACAACGGCAAUGACUACGAUGAUGACUGGGAGAACGAUGACUUACUCAAUGACUCUUUUGUGCUGGAAGCGACCCAGAAUCCCGAUGUUCAUCUCAGUGAUUCUCUUAAGACCACGUCGCCGUCUAAAAAUAAGGCAAACACUACUCAGUUCACUUCUGUUUUCAAGCAAAGCACAAACACAGACUCUUCCCUUCAGCUCUCAGACCCACAUUCCAAGACGCGCUGCAGCACACUCCAGGAGCUGUGCCCUAAACCAAAGACUACCAACCGAAGCACUUUCAAGUUGGCGCCCAACCCUCACUUGCAGCCCAAGAUGACGGAAGAGGUUUCCAAGCCCGGCUUCACUGUUAUACAGCCCAAAUCAAAGAUGAGUGCGACCACAAAACCAUGCUCCAAAUCCCAAGAUCGCAAAGAGACUGGAAGUCAAGCUGCAAGUUAUUUGAAGCCCCCUUUUGUUAAAGACGUUUCAAACAGCUCAUGGGAUGACGGGGAUGAUGAUGAUGCACUGCUCUACCAGGUGUGUGACAGGGUGGAGAAAAUUUCCAACAGCCAGCCACGGCAAACAAGUUCCAGCAACUACCAUGAAAAUCACAACUUUGCGACAGGAAGACAACAGCCACUCGACAACAGGGAUGCCAGCGCUAAAAGACAGCCGUCGCAUGCUUUUGUUCGUUGCAACUCAUUACCAGAGACUAGCUGUGAAACGGGGAACUACAAAGGGUGGAACAUUCCCAUGAAAGGCUCCAACAACAAAUCAAGGAUGUCUCAGAGCUUCCCAGGAAGCCGCGUGGAUCUGGCCACAUUUGGCCAGUGCAGAGAUUCCUCUGGAAAUGUCCAGGCUGGAGAUAGUAAUGUGGAAGGGAAAGUACAUACGGUGGUGGCCAGCGCACCGCAGAAGUCCCAUCUAUCAACCUUCAAGAGAAACCUUUCUGACUCAGCAAUCAUAAGCAACAAAGUUUUUGUCACGAGCCAAAAGACAGGGAAGUGCUCCGCGGCAGAGAUCGAGAGGAAGAAACAAGAAGCCUUGGCCAGGAGGCGCCUGAGAAUGCAGAGCUCCUCCAAACCGUCCUGACUGACACGUGGCAGCCUCUUCUGCCGUAAACAAGCCUUCAUGAAACUCAUCAUUCCUUACCAGUGGUUCACUUAUUCUUUUUGACUUGGCUUUCUGCACCUUAUAAACCCAGAUUAAAAGAACAGUUGAAUGGCUGAAUGAAGACCUGCUGGAUGUUUAUGCUGCUGAUAUAAAACCAUGAGAACUGUGAGCACAUGUCUCCGAUCUGGGUUGGGACAACAACAACAAAGAGAUUUGAGUGUUUUCACACAGAGUUGUAAAGUAGUUUACAUGACCUGGAAAAUAAAAUGGAGAUUCUGACUGACAUUUGUUGUUACAGUGUUACAAUUUAAGCCCUGUGUAUCUCCUUGGGGUGGGUUGAUGUUGAUUUUCCUUAAAUAGUUUUAUCUCAGUGUUGUGUCUCGGCAUGUAACAGCAAAGGCUGACUGCAGUGAAAACAAUGUCCUGCUGAUGUUAACAAUCACGUCUAAGAUUCAUUCUGUCAAAAAUUACAGUAUUUGAAAGCAAGAAGCAAAAUAUUAGUUUGUUUUAAGCAUCCAUUUAGCAGAUUUUGAUUUGCAUACAUUUCUUGGUGCUACUUGUGUUCCUUCGUUCCACAGUUUUAAGUGUAAUGCAGUUGUCCUGUUACAGUUUAAUGCACCUUUACAACAAUAAAACAGAAAUCAAUCUUUACAGU